UCUGGUGCUGUGAACAAGUCUGCCCGCCAGUGUCUGCAGCUUCUGUACUCGCUGCGUCCGUCCCGGUGCGUCCGUGUCUGCUGGCGUCGGUGUCUGCUGCCGUCCUGAGACGCCAGGACCCAGGAAGAUGACGGAGCAACGCUGGAGAAGUUGUACAAUGUUGUGCACAACAGCCAGCGUGUUAUUGCUUCUGGUUGGCCUCGGGUCUUGCAACGAGAUCAACAGUGCCAAGACAGACAGUGUUGCCGGUGCAAGUGAGGCAGCGGAGAACACCAGCAACGUCAGUCCUCCGGGCGACGCCGAGAGAGACAGACGCCAGGUGAACCAUCUGCUCCAGGCUUACAGACCGUACGGGGUGUUGUCCCCCCACACACCGACAGCCUUCCUGACGCCCUUCUCCAUCUUCGCCGCCCGCCCCACCUUAGUGGCGUCACAGGUCCUCAACUCUCAGCGCCUGGAGGUCGUCCCCGGCCCACGACGACCCUCACCCUUCACCACGCCGUUUGCCACAAGAGGCAAACCCUCGUUCCACAAGGCGUCCCGGAAUCAGCUGACGAAGGCGCCUCUGAGGUCCAGCCAGGCCGUCUACACCCCCAGCCGCACCCCGGCGGUCACCCAGCCGUUCCUGGGCCCCGCCUCCGGCCUGGGCCCUCAGGUCACCCAGCCCUUCCUGGGCCCCGGCUCCGGGCUGGGCCCUCAGGUCACCCAGCCCUUCCUGGGCCCCGGCUCCGGGCUGGGCCCCCAGGUCACCCCCGUCCCUCAACACCUCCGACCUCUCCAGCCUCAGCCUCCUACACUCUCCUACGGAGAAAUACGUCAGUUCCCUGGGCCCAGAGAGUGUCCAGAUGGCAUGCUGUGUAUGCCGCUUGUGGCCUGCGCCCCCUGCUACCAGGAGGUGGAGAACCAGACACAACUCUACUGCUCCAUAUUCGGUGCAGCUGCGGGAGUCUGCUGCCCAGAACAGCCUAACAGAAGUAACCUGAGGCAGCUGUUCACCCAGCCAGAAAUCAACAUACCUCCGCUUGGCUUCUCUAAUGACAUCAUCAACGAGGCUGGUAAAGCGGGCUUCAGGGCUCUGGCGACCAAGGACCUCUUGGACAGGGAGCUGCGAGCGAGGGACAUCGAGGUGACGGAGGUGACGGACCCGGCCUUCGGACAUCUCCAAAACUUCCUGACAUCACCUCUGGCUAUUAAACUUGGUCGAGACGCCUUUGUUAACGCCAUGGCGGGCAACCACCUCCUGAACAGGUUCCGCCUGAGUCCCCUCCAGGCUGGCUACGGUCUGCAGCAGUUCGAACUGUCCAACACCGUCCUGUCUGAAACCUGUCCACAGGAGCCCGAGUGCCGGGAGAGGGACAGGUUCUACCGCACCGUCGACGGCUCCUGCAACAACCUGGACAACCCCAUGUCGGGCCAGGCCAGGACCACCUUCCAGAGGCUCCGUCCCCCACACUACAGUGACGGUUUGUUCCGGCCUCGUCAGAGUGUGCUGGGCGGCCCGCUGCCCUCCGCCAGGCUGGUGUCCACCAGCAUAGCAGGAGACGUGGACAAUCCCAGCCCAGACUACACCCUCUCCCUCAUGCAGUGGGGUCAGUUCAUCGACCACGACCUCGUCCAGACUCCCAUCAACAGACUCGGGAACAUGAGUGGUAUCCAGUGUUGCAGUAACAACGGUCGCAACGUGGUGUCCCCGCCCUUACUCCACCCGGCAUGCUUACCCAUCGAGGUCCCCGCCAACGACCCCUUCUUCGGUGAGAGUGGCCGCCGCUGUAUGAACUUCGUCAGGUCCAUGUUCGCUCCCCGUGCCAACCCCUGUAAUUUAGGAUACGCUGAGCAGAUGAACCAGGUCACGCACCAUCUGGACGGGUCGCAAAUCUACGGGUCGAGCGCCCAGGAGCAGCAGCAGCUGCGACAGUUCCGUGGCGGCCUCCUGAACGUGCAGGGACGGGAUCUCCUCCCUCCCGACCCUGACAACAUCUUGUGCCAACCCGCCAGGGAAAGAAAUCCAUGUUUAAGAGCCGGAGACAACCGGGUGAAUCAGCACAUCAGCCUCACUGCCAUCCAGACAUCGUUCUUGAGACUACACAACCGCAUCGCCCGGGAGCUGGCCCGUCUCAACCCAGACUGGUCAGACGAGACCAUCUACCAGGAGACCAGGAGGAUAGUGGUGGCCAUCUACCAGCACAUCAUCUACAAUGAAUUUCUACCGAUUAUCCUAGGCAAGGACUACAUGGCCGAGAACGGACUACUGCCACGGCGGGAGGGCUACUCUAGGGACUACGACAGCAACAUCAACGCUGCUCUCUUGAAUGAGUUCACCACCGUUGCCUUCCGCUUCGGCCACUCCCUUGCUCAGGGCAUGCUUCAGCUGGUGGGGAAGAAGGGCAUGUCAGAGGGCUCGGUGCUGCUCCACGACAACUUCAACAACCCGCGCGGCGUCUACGGCCCCGGCAGGCUGGACGGCCUCCUCCGCGGCCUGGCCACACAACCCACCCAGGAGCUGGACAACUCUGUCUCUUCCUCCCUCACCAACAGACUCUUCCAGACUGAAGCGAUGCCUCAAGGGCUGGACCUGGUGGCCCUCAACACCCAGCGGGGCCGCGACCACGGCAUCGCUCCCUAUAAUGAACUGAGAGAAGCUUGCGGACUUCCAAGGGCCAGGACCUUCGAGGACCUGCUCGACGUUAUCCGGCCGGAGGUUGUGCGCGUGCUCCAGCAGCUCUACGCCUCCGUCGAUGACAUCGACCCCUUCAUAGCCGGGAUCUCUGAGAGGCGCGUCCCGGGGGCCUUCCUCGGACCCACCUUCAGGUGCAUCGUUGGAGAGCAGUUCACCAGGCUGAAGCGGUCAGACAGGUUCUUCUAUGACUUAGGAGGGAUGCCCACAUCCUUCACUGAAGCACAACUCAACUCUAUCCGGAUGAUGUCAUGGGCGCGCGUCCUGUGUGAGACUGGCGACAUGUUGGGCUACGUCCAGCCCCUCGCCUUCCGUCUGCCUCGGGGACUGAACGAGAGGAUCCCUUGUGACAGUCCCGGCAUCCCGGGGCUCGACCUCACGCCAUGGAUCUCUGACACGAAUAAUUAACAGGCUCUACACCUGGGGCUCUGACACCCGGGGCGCCGACACCCGGGGCGUCAAUACCCGGGGCACCGACACCCGGGGCGCCGACACCCGCGUCCAGUGUUGUUCUAGUUGACUUAUCUUUAGGAACCUCCACAACACUUUCAUUGUUUUGUUUAGUAUCCGACAUUCCAUUAUAUGCUCCCUGUAGCGCAGUAGUCUACGUACUUGCCUCACAAUCAAUGCUCAAUCCCCGGGCACAACAUAAAUAGGUGGGCAUGUUUCCUGUCACCUGAUACACCUGUCCACCUGGUAGUAAAACAGAUAUUCGGGAGUUAAGUAUUUGUUGUGGUGGUGGUGGACCCCAUACCCAUCCUGUGGGUGGUGGUGGACCCCAUACCCAUCCUGUGGGUGGUGGUGGACUCCAUACCCAUCCUGUGGGCAGUAGUGGACCCCAUA